GUUUUGUCCCAUAGAAAGUUCACACACACAUGAAUGGCAAGUAAACAGGAAUGGAUGUGUCAAUUUGUGCAGCUUGUUUUCUGGCUCUUAUUUUAUACUUGAAUACGCUUGAUGCCGAUUUUGCAUACGAUGACAGUCGAGCCAUUGUGAAGAAUCAGGACCUUGAGCCUGGGACACCCCUGGUGAACAUUUUCUAUGAUGACUUUUGGGGCACGCCUCUUACGCGGCUGGCCUCCCACAAGUCAUAUAGGCCAUUAUGUGUCCUCACAUUUCGCCUCAACUACUACCUGGGCGGUCUUGAGCCCUGGGGCUAUCACCUUGGUAAUGUGCUGCUGCACGUGCUGGUGACUGGGCUGUUCACCUACCUGGCCCGCCGGCUUCUACGGCACACACUCCCAACCUUGGUUGCCGGGCUCAUGUUUGCCGCCCAUCCUGUCCACACAGAGGCAGUUGCUGGCGUGGUCGGACGAGCUGAUGUCGGGGCAUGCCUCUUCUUCCUCCUGGCCCUCCUGAGCUAUAUGGAAUAUGUCCGACUGCGUGAUACAUCUCCGGACCCAGGAGGAACACAAGGGGCAAGGUUCAAGUACUUCCUGUUGACGGCCCUGCUGACUACCGCCAGCCUACUGUUCAAGGAACAGGGUGUCACUGUACUCGGUGUGUGUGCAGCUUAUGACCUUUUCGUUCACAACAAGAUGAAAAUACCACAAAUUCUUCAAUUCUACAAACAGGUAGAGUGGCGGCGGACCAUGGAGGGCGUGAUUCUGCUUGUGGUUGUCCUGGUAACGCUGGUGGCUGCUCGUGUCUACUUCAUGGGCAACACACCCCCUGAGUUUGCCCCAUCAGACAACCCUGCCUCGGACGCGGACAGUUUUACUACACGCACGCUGACAUAUGCACUCUUGCCGGCACUCAACAUGUGGAUAUUACUCUGCCCUAAUGUUCUCAGUUUUGAUUGGUCGAUGUCAUCCAUACCACUAGUUGAGAGCAUCUCAGACUUUAGGAAUACCUUCUCAUUUUUGUUUUAUUCAUUUUUAUUUUAUUUUGCUUAUUUGACGUUAUCAUAUAUACAUAGUCAAGUUAACGAGAAAACGAUGUUAAAUGGCAAUAGUCACUCAAGCCAUGUGAUAAACAGUUCUCGACAUUCCAGCUUGAAGCACAAAUCAUUCCACACGGAGAGACAGACCUCUGUGCCAGGGGACACAACUGUCUCUUAUUCCAAAAGUCAUUUCACAGUGUUCACAGUGUCGUCUCAUACCAUUAAUGUGAUAACAUUCUCUGCAGCUUUAAUGGUGCUACCCUUUAUCCCUGCCACAAACCUGUUCUUUUACGUCGGGUUUGUGAUUGCGGAGCGUGUCCUCUACAUUCCAAGCAUGGGCUUUUGUCUGCUCGUGGCUCACGGCCUCCACACAAUCUACAACCAUUUCCAUAGCAACAUGCUCAAACAGAAACUUGUUGCCAUUGCAACUGUAUUCUUAAUUCUGAUGUACUCCGGCAAGACAGUCCGGCGAAAUGUUGACUGGAGGACGGAGGAGAUGCUGUAUACAUCGGGAAUCGCAGUUAACCCUCCAAAAGCAUGGGGCAACCUUGCCAACAUAUUCAACAACCAGGGUCGUGUAGACGAUGCCGAGACUGCGUACAGGAAUGCUCUCAAGUACCGGCCUAACAUGUCCGACACCCACUAUAACCUGGGCAUCUUGCUGCAGAACAAGAAGCUUUACCAGGACGCCAUCGAGAGUUACCAGAAGGCCAUCAGCUUCAGACCAAACCUCUCCAUGGCUCAUCUGAAUCUGGGCAUUCUGCUGGCACAGCUGGGGGAUGGCAAACAGGCUGAACAGGUGUACCGCCAUUGUGCAGACCUGGACACCUCCAAACUUAAGGACCCGCGGCUCCAUGAGAGCACGAAGAUCUCGUGUCUAUACAACCUGGGACGUCUUUACAGCGACCAGAAACGAUACCAGGAGUCCAUAUCUGUGUUUGAGGAGGCCUUGCGAAGACGCCCAGACCACUACGCUCCCCAGUCCCUGUAUAACCUCUAUGGAGAGACAUUCUCCAGCCUGGGGAACCAUGAGGAAGCAGAGCGCUACUAUCGCAAGGCCCUGGCUGCCAAACCUGACCACAUCCCUGCCCAUCUCACCAUGGCAAAACUCAUGCACAAACUGGGUAGACUGGAUGAAGCAGAGAGCUGGUUUGCCAAGGCACGCACUGUAGAUCCCAGCGACAGCUCAGUUCAACAACACUAUGCUCUGUACCUUGGGGAGACUGGCCGGCUAACGGAGUCUGCAGCCGUGUACCAGAAAGUGCUGGAACGGGAUCCAGACAACUUCGAGAUGGUUUUUAAUGCCGCCAACAUCCUCCGACAGAUUGAUAAAAGCAGUGAGGCAGAGAAACUCUUUCAUCGAGCUACACAGCUCAGGCCAAAUGAUGCAACUGCCCAUAUGAAUUUGGGAGCAAUGUACCACAUCAACGGGAAACUGUCCGAGGCAGAGAGGUCAUACACACGAGCCCUCGAGCUGAAACCUGGGGACAAGGUGACCCAGGAUAACCUUGUCAAACUACGGAACCUCAGGAAGUCACAGCAAAAAACAUGAACUGGAAAUUGAUAUGAUAAUUAUCUGGAAAUUCUAAUAUUGACUUAUCUGUCAAUGCAAACAAUAACCUAGUCGUGAAGAAACAGUCUUGCUUAGCUAUCCUCAAUAACACUGGCUUAGUAAUCAAAAGAUUGGCCUUGCUGUCAGGUAAAACUCUGGCCUACUUGUAUCUAUCAACAGUUUGGCCUGGCUGUCAGGUAAAACUUCGGACUAGCUUUUAUUAGAAUGGCCUUGCUGCAAGGAAAAAUUUGGCCUAGCUGUUGACAGACCUAGAAUGCCAUAACUUACUUAACUUUCCGAGAGGACAAGGGUGACUAACCUAGCUGUCAAUAGAAAUGUUUACCUUGCUGAGAAACUGCAAGUGAGCUAGCCAAGGGAAUGUUGUGGCAUCACUAAUUCAGAUUAGACUUGUUACAGACCAGCCUGUAAAACAUAUGAUCAUUUUGUUGUGUGAUGAUACAAUACUCAGGACUAUGAUGUCCUGUUUAUCAAGGCCAAAAAUGCUUUUAAAACAGUCAAAUUGUUUUAUUUUAUGGACUUGAUUUGGGUGUGUGAGGUGGGGUGGUGUAAUGCACAGAUAUAAUGCUUCAAUAGUUUUAAUUUGCAACCUGUAAGAUUGUCUUUCAAAACCAAAGAAAUCAUUCAUGACUUCAUAGAUUUGUAAGUAUACAAUCAUAACAUAAUAGUAUAAGAUAAAAUAAAAACAAUUUGUAAAUAAACCCCAGAUAGAUAUAUUUGGGGGCUAUAUUGGAGGUGCGUAUGUCCUGUCUCAACAUCUUCAGUCAUUAUUGUGUUGUGUGUAGCUCCAAAAGUUGCUCCCAUAAUUUGAUAAAGACAUUAAAAUUCACUACAAUGUUGGUCAGCAUAGGAAACUGUGCACUUGAAUUUUCUGUGACAUUUCACUUUGUAUAACAAGAGUUAUGGCCCUUUAAUUAGUAAAAAAUGGUUGGAAUAAUCGUGUCACAUUUAGAUCAAGAAGUGUUUCACCGACACAUAUGACACUGUAGGAUUGUUGGAUAUUGUGCACCUGAAAUUUGUGUCGCAGUUCAAUCUGCCGUACAAGAGUUAUGGCCAUUGACACAUUUAAAAUUGAACGAUCUUGUGUUGCAUGAUGCUCCAAAAGUAUUCCACCUACUCACAUGAAACUUGGUAAAGUUGGUCCACAUGGGAAAUAGUGUACCUGAUAUUUAUGUGACAUUCCACUGUGUAUAAAAUAUUAAGUAAUUGCUUUUGACUUAGUGAAAAUGGUCUGAAAAUAUAAAUAAGGCAGAUAAAACAACAGCAGAAUUGAGAUAAGUUUUAAAAUGUACAUGCUCAUGUUGUUAGUUCCAAAGCACAAUGUUUAACCAUUUCUGUGUCCAGGUGGCAUCUUGGGGGCAUUCAUCACCUCUGUGAUAGCUCUAGUUGAAUUUAUCUAAACCAUAAGCCUAUCUGUAUGACUGUCUUUAAAUGUGGUGAAGGAGGAGUUUUGUUGAUCUCAAAUUAUUAUUGAGUGUGGGAGAUAUUUGGAAAUUUAAUAUUUGUUUGGCUGUUGAAGUUCGAUAUUUGCUAUCAUAGAAUAUCAUGUAAAAAGUUAUAUUUCUGUGAAAUAGGCUUAGCAAUGAAGCAAUAUGUUUUGUUUGCAUUUAGCUGACAUAAUUGCAUGUGUUUUACACUAACAUGUAAAUAAAUCAUUCCAAAACUUGCUCAUAUUUAAGGCUGACAUUCCCCGACAUUUUGUAUUUGUUUUAUAUAAAUGUUGCAUAAUAUUAUUAUAUGCUUAAACUAUAAACAGUUUUCAUGGCAUAUGGUCAUUAUCUUUAUUGUUAUAGUAUACACGUUACAUAUAUAAUUUUACAUUUGUUAUUUGAUGUACAUUUAAUUCAAUUCAGUUAAAAAGUAUUUUGCUUGGAUAGUUUCAAUAUUUAUAAAGCAAUAUAUUGUCCAAUAUUAUUUUGGUAACUCAACUCCAUAGUUUUCUUGUUUCUUCCAUCCAGUUUUUCUUUAUUUUUUCUAUACAUUUUAAAUAUGUAUCAAAUUAGCUGGUAUUAUAAAUGUUCUCCUUUGAAAUAAUACCCAUUGUUUUUAUAAAGACCUUGCAAACAUUGGGCUUAUUAUUCAGAAUUUGUUUAAGUUAACAAAGUGAGAUCGUUAUUAAAUUUUAUCGUUUAAUAUUUUAUGAUGUGAUCAUUUAAUUACAUAAAAAAUCGGGUACAGCUAAAAACGUUGUCUAAAAUCAUGUUAGAAAUACUGCAGAACUUACCUAAGUGCAUUCAUAAAACUUUUAGAGCAGUUGAGAUUUCAAAAUUAACAACAGUGAUGUUAACAAUGUCGUUAACUUUCAGUGUGCGAAAUAAAUGGUAGCCUGAUAGCCAAUGUCUGCAAAAAUUGGCAUGGUGCAUUAAAUUCCCAUGGCAAGAUAUGCUAUCAAAAGCUUUUGGUAGAAGUUUUAUACUGUUAUGUUGCACACCUCCGGCUAUGAAAAAUCAUGUUGGUAGCCUAAUUUACUUUGGCAUUUUAAAGUUAGUUUCAUACACUGAACUUUAACAAAUUUCUGAACGAUUGGCCCAUGGAGUGUUAUUAUUUCGAUCAGUAUAACUGAUUUUAAUCAUGCUAUGCUUUUUAAGUUCAGUCUUGGCCUAAGAGUUCUGAUAUGUUAAAAUACCCUUCUUAUCUGAUUCUCAUAAUGUGAAGAUUGUUAAUGUUUGUUUCAUAUAUGUGCAGACAUUUAUUUAAUAAACACAAUUGAAAUAAAA